CGGGCUUCCCGCCCCGCCCAGACCGCCGAGGCUGCCGCCGGAGUCGCCAACCGCCGCGCCCUCGCCCACCCGCCCGCCCGCCGUUCCUGGCCCCGCUCGCCCCCUCCGCCGCCGCCGCCCGUCCCUGCGACGACGCUGCGGCCUCCCACCCGCGCCCGCUCGCUCCCGCGGCUCUCGCUCGCCUCGCGCCGGCAGUUUCGGGCCUACACCUCCCCUCCCCCCGCCAGCCACCAAAGACUUGACCACGUAACGAGCCCAACUCCCCCGAACGCCGCCCGCCGCUCGCCAUGGAUGCCGGUGUGACUGAAAGUGGACUAAAUGUGACUCUCACCAUUCGGCUUCUUAUGCACGGAAAGGAAGUAGGAAGCAUCAUUGGGAAGAAAGGGGAGUCGGUAAAGAGGAUCCGCGAGGAGAGUGGCGCGCGGAUCAACAUCUCGGAGGGGAAUUGUCCGGAGAGAAUCAUCACUCUCACCGGCCCUACUAAUGCCAUCUUUAAGGCCUUCGCUAUGAUCAUCGAUAAGCUGGAGGAAGAUAUCAACAGCUCCAUGACCAACAGCACGGCGGCCAGCAGGCCCCCGGUCACCCUGAGGCUGGUGGUGCCGGCUACCCAGUGCGGCUCCCUGAUUGGGAAAGGCGGUUGUAAGAUCAAAGAGAUCCGCGAGAGUACCGGGGCCCAGGUCCAGGUGGCGGGGGACAUGCUACCCAACUCCACCGAGCGGGCCAUCACCAUCGCUGGCGUGCCGCAGUCUGUCACCGAGUGUGUCAAGCAGAUCUGCCUGGUCAUGCUGGAGACGCUCUCCCAGUCUCCGCAAGGGAGAGUCAUGACCAUUCCGUACCAGCCCAUGCCGGCCAGCUCUCCAGUCAUCUGCGCGGGCGGCCAAGAUCGGUGCAGCGACGCUGCGGGCUACCCCCACGCCACCCAUGACCUGGAGGGACCACCUCUAGAUGCCUACUCGAUUCAAGGACAACACACCAUUUCUCCGCUCGAUCUGGCCAAGCUGAACCAGGUGGCAAGACAACAGUCUCACUUUGCCAUGAUGCACGGCGGGACCGGAUUCGCCGGAAUUGACUCCAGCUCUCCAGAGGUGAAAGGCUAUUGGGCAAGUUUGGAUGCAUCUACUCAAACCACCCAUGAACUCACCAUUCCAAAUAACUUAAUUGGCUGCAUAAUCGGGCGCCAAGGCGCCAACAUUAAUGAGAUCCGCCAGAUGUCCGGGGCCCAGAUCAAAAUUGCCAAUCCAGUGGAAGGCUCUUCUGGUAGGCAGGUUACUAUCACUGGUUCUGCUGCCAGUAUUAGUCUGGCCCAGUAUCUAAUCAAUGCCAGGCUUUCCUCUGAGAAGGGCAUGGGGUGCAGCUAGAACAGUGUAGGUUAACUCAUAAUCUCUUUCUGCUGUUUUCCCAUGAUCCAACUGUGUAAUUUCUGGUCAGUGAUUCCAGGUUUUAAAUAAUUUGUAAGUGUUCAGUUUCUACACAACUUUAUCAUCCGCUAAGAAUUUAAAAAUCACAUUCUCUGUUCAGCUGUUAAUGCUGGGAAUCCAUAUUUAGUUUUAUAAGCUUUUCCCUGUUUUUAGUUUUGUUUUGGGUUUUUCGGCUCAUGGAUUUUAUUUCUGUUUGUCGAUAAGAAAUGUAAGAGUGGAAUGUUAAUAAAUUUCAGUUUAGUUCUGUAAUGUCAAGAAUUUAAGAAUUAAAAAAAUGGAUUGGUUAAAAAAUGCUUCAUAUUUGAAAAAGCUGGGAAUUACUAUCUUAAA